GGCAGCGGCGGCGGGUCAAAUAAUGGCGGCGAGCGCGCCGCGUUUGGCCGAGAAGCGCGUUGGCCAGGUGGUGAUGCCCGGGGACGUGUUGCUCCUUCCCGCCCAGCCUGACGCGGAUGGCGAGCGGCUCCGUCUCGCUCCGGUCGGGCCUCAGAAGGGGCGGCUGGUCUGCGGGCCGGGGCUGCGGCGCGGCCCGGAAGGCCUGCUGGUCACCAAGUGCGGCCUCCUUCGGUAUCGGGGUCCCGCCGGGCAAGCCGGGGGCGGGACCGGAAGUGGCUCCGGGGGAACGUAUUGGGUGGACUCCCAACAGAAGCGGUACGUCCCGGUCAAGGGAGACCACGUGAUCGGCAUAGUGACUGCGAAAGCCGGGGACAUAUUUAAACUGGACGUUGGCGGGAGUGAGCAAGCUUCUCUGUCCUACUUAGCCUUUGAAGGCGCAACCAAGAGAAACCGGCCGAAUGUUCAGGUGGGAGACCUUAUUUACGGCCAGUUCAUCGUUGCCAACAAAGACAUGGAACCCGAGAUGGUCUGUAUAGACAGCAGUGGCAGAGCGAACGGAAUGGGCAUCAUUGGACAAGAUGGCUUCUUGAUUAAGGUUUCCUUAGGCUUAAUAAGAAAACUUCUAGCUCCCGGCUGUGAAAUCAUCCAGGAUUUGGGACAACUUUACCCGUUCGAGUUGGUGUUGGGAAUGAACGGAAGGAUAUGGGUGAAAGCCAAAACAAUUCAACAGACUCUGAUUGUGGCAAAUAUCUUAGAAGCCUGUGAGCACAUGACGGCGGAGCAGAGGAAGCAGGCCGUGGCCAAGCUGUCGGAGAGCUAAUGAGAAGAAGGGAGGGGAUAUCUGACUUUUUUUUUAUUUUAAAGGUAUAUAUUUUAGAUGGAAACGACUGAUUUAUUUUUUAUAUUUAAGAGAAUAAAUGUUAACGUUUGCCUUGAUACCUGUGUUGCGUUUGGUCCCUGGGACUCGCUCUGUGCUGUUUUGUGGGAUUUCAGUGCAGACCUUCAUAAUGCUGACCUGAGCAAAUGUCACCGUUCCCCCCCCCACACACACACACGAAACAAAAGCUCGAGCAUGUUUCAGCCUUGCUCAUUCAGAUAUUCAGCCUGUCGUUAGUCACAGUCGGCGAUUUACAGCCCCAGCGCACAUGCUUACUCAGAAAUGGCUUAUGUGCGAGCAGGUAGUUCUGGGAUUGCCAUCUCUGCCCGCUUUACCCAGAGUUGUUCCCUUAUAU